AUGAGUAUCCGGAAGCAGUUCCCUGAGGUGCACUGGAUCUGGAAAGGGGGCAUCUCGUUUGUCUACGAGGUCCACCCUCGCAUCGUGGUGAAGAUCCCGAAAUCUGGCGACUUUGAAAGAGAGCAAUUUCAGAAUGAACUCAAGAUAUAUGAGAUUCUUUCUCAGCGUCCGAUAUGCCCUUCGAUAGUGCAGUGUUUCUUCUAUACGGAUAACGGCAUUUUCCUUGAGUACAUGAGAGUGGAGAAACUGGAGCCUCUACCCCUCCGAAAAGAAUGGAUGAACGACCUCGCUCAGGCCGUUGCCUUUCUGGAAUCGCUUAAUCUCGCCCAUGGUGAUCUACGACCCGAAAAUAUUUUGAUUGAUCGCGACCGAUUAAAACUUUCGGAUUUUGAUUGUACUGCAGAAUUUGGGACUGAUUUUGAAACCUGUAUGGCCCCAUAUGGAAGAAUACUCAAUAGUAAUGAACAGGACCAAGGAUCAUGUGGGAGUUCUGGUUUCUUAGGUUGUCGAACCGAACAAUUCGCCCUAGGCUCGUUAUACUACUUUAUAAACUAUGGCUUUGAGGUUUACGAUGAUCAAUGUCUUACUGAGGAUCCUAAGGAGCACGGGCGCAAAGUUGUGGAACUAUUGCAGAACAUGGAAUUCCCGAAGCUAGAUGGUGAUGAUCCGUUAAUUGACGAGAUCAUCAACAAGUGUUGGCACAACGGUUAUGCCACGAUCGCAGACUUGGCCGCAUGCACAGAGACGUUCCUUGGAAGAAACAACGGCAGAGAGACCGAAGCCGAAAUAACUAAUGGUGAAGAACUGGAUGGCUGUAGCCGUGAAAGCCGCCAAAACGACUUGGAGGAUAUCUCUUCCAAAAGGACAUUCUGCCAGGACCUGGAGAAGCGCGGACUUCUUCGUAUGCUUUCAUCAGGAGAGCCAGAGCAACUCGGAUUUACUCUCGAGUGGUAUAGGCAUUCCAUACAUUGA